AUUCAGUAGUGCCCAAUCUUACCAACAUCAAGAAACCGCAGCAAUGGUGUCGCUACUGUCGGUAUUGAAAAUUCCUACCAUUCCUUCGUUUUGACAACUGUCAAAGUCACCAUGGCCAAGCAAAAGGGUGAAAAAAGCAGAAAAUCCGCCAUCAACGAGGUGGUUACACGCGAAUACACCGUAAACCUUCACAAAAGGCUACAUGGAAUUAGCUUUAAGAAACGUGCCCCUCGUGCUGUGAAGGAAAUCCGGAAAUUCGCCGAACAGCAAAUGGGCACACCAGACGUGAGGAUAGAUACCCGUUUAAACAAGCAGUUGUGGUCCAAGGGAAUCAGAAAUGUUCCAUUCAGGAUUCGUGUUCGUUUGUCUCGUAGGAGAAACGACGAUGAGGAUUCAGUUAACAAACUUUUUACUUUAGUUACGUAUGUCCCUGCUGCAACUUUCAAGGGACUGCAGACGGAAAAUGUUGACGCAAGUCAAGAAUAAUUAUUGAAAAUAAAAAUUUUUCAUUA